CACGAACUUCGCAGCAGCGAAGGGGUGGCCUUUUCGCAUCCCGCCGCCAAUCGCUGAGCCGUCGCCCGACGCAUUAAUAUACACAAGCUGCCUGAACGAUAGAAAGCCAUGGCGGAAACACUAGGCCUUGUGGCCAGUGUCAUCGCGGUGGUCGAUCUAUCUUCCAAGCUCGCAAAGCUCUGCUUCACAUAUUCCCGCGAAGUCUCUGGGGCGCAGGACGACAUUUUCCGAUUCCAGGAGAGGCUUGCCGCAAUAGAGGCCCUAGCCAGAAGGUUGCAGGAUCUCUUGCGCAGCCCGCAGGCACCCAGGGAUAGCCACGCAAGUCUGCAAGCAGUUCUGCAUGGAAUUCGGAGAAGACUGGGCGAGGCGCAAAAGAUUCUCGAGCCAAGCACAAGCCGUCUUAUGAUGAGCCGUGUGGGUGUGCACGCACUGAAGUGGCCUUUCAAAAGCAAGGCAAUGGCCACAAUCAUCGCAGACUUGCUGCAGGACGAGGUGGCAAUACUGGCGUUCCUGCAAGCAGAUCAGACAGAAACACUCGGCGAUGUGCGAGCAGAUCAGCUACUCAAGCGUUUGCCCGUGGUCCACGAAGCCGCGUAUGACUCCUUCGACGAAGCCAAGAAUGCAAAGUGCCUCCGCAACACACGAGUGAAGAUUCUCGAGGACAUCGAUACAUGGCUCGCGAGCCGUGACUCCAAGCAUGUAUACUGGCUCAAUGGUCGCGCGGGCACAGGCAAAUCAACAAUUGCUCGGACUGUCGCUGAUGGCGCCCGGAACAAGGGAAUGCUGGGCGCUACCUUUUUCUUCAAACGCGGCGAAGGUGAACGCAGCAGCGCCGCCAAGCUUAUGACGACUCUCGCCUGGCAAUUAAGCCAGCAAGACCCCUUGAUGGCUCGCGAGAUCAAGGGUGCUAUCGAGAAGAACGAAGCCCUGGUGACGACUGCUCUGCGCCAGCAGUUCGACGGCCUUAUCCUGCAACCAGUCCUGAGGAUUUUGAAUGGCGCCGCAACAAUGUCGCCUCGGCUCGUUGUCAUCGACGCGCUUGACGAGUGUGACGAGACCAACGAUAUGGCCCUGAUCAUUGAUCUGUUCUCGAAGUUGCCCCAACAUGCUAAUGGUGCAGCACUCAAGCUCCUCGUCACUAGCCGUCCAGAACUACCGAUCCGACUGGGCUUCAAGCGGAUCGACGGCAAAUACGACGAACUCAUCCUCCAUGAGAUCCAGGAGUCGACCAUCCAAGCUGACAUUGCAUGCUAUCUCUCCUCGGAGCUGAAGACGAUAAGAGACGACUUCAAUUCAAUGGUUGCAAGUCCACAGCUCCGACUCUCCGACACUUGGCCCAGUCCAGGCGAUGCAGACAGGCUGGUCAACAUGGCGGUGCCUUUGUUCAUUUUCGCUGCCACCAUUGUUCGAUUCCUCAGCGACACACGGUCUGGAGGGCCACAGAAGAAGAUGAGCGUUAUUUUCGAACCCAGGGUCUUGGCCGCGGAAAACAAGCUCAUUGCGACGUACCAGCCUGUUCUCGCCUAUUUACUGGCUGGCCAAUCUCAAACAAUCAGAAAGCUCAUCGAGAGACGCUUCAAGUCCGUAGUCGGAUCGAUAGUUCUUCUGUUCAGCCCCUUGUCCGCCUCCUCUCUCGUCAGCUUCCUUGCGGGCGAAUGCGACGCAGACGACAUCUUCAGUAUCCUUGAACAGCUGCACUCCGUUCUCGACAUUCCGCAAUCUCAGGACGUCCCAAUUCGCCUAUAUCACCUCUCGUUCCGCGACUAUCUACUCGACCAAGACUUGUCAGGUUCUUCGCCGUUCUGGAUCAAUGCUCAGGAAGGACAUGCCCGGCUGGCGAAGCAGUGUAUGAAGGUGAUGCAAGCUUUCCUGAAGCAGGACAUGUGCAGCCUCAAGCACCCGGGUGCCGGGAGAGCUUCGAUCACGCCGCAGAAAAUCGAUGCCUGCAUACCAGUAGAAGUUCAGUACGCCUGUGUGUACUGGUCACAGCAUUUGCGGGAUUCUGGGCAGAAGUUGGUCGACGGAGGCGACGUAGACACGUUGCUGUCUCUUCACUUCCUGCAUUGGGUCGAGGUUCUGGCUAUCCUCGGCCGAGCAGGCGAAGCCAUCGACGCUGUGAAGACAAUGUCAGCGCUGGCUGACGACAAAUCUACUCUGUACAGGUUUCUCGCUGACGCCCACCGCUUUGUCAUGAAUUGCUUGCCCGGUAUCAGAGAAGCACCUCUGCAGCUCUAUUCGUCAGCGCUCGUCUUCGCACCACUCGAGAGCACUAUCCGCAAGCAAUUUAAUCAGUGCAUACCCAACGACUGGCUCAACAUUCGUGCAGAGGUCAGACAGUCCUGGAGUCCCUGGCUGCAGUCUCUGGAGUCAUGGACACAUUCUGGUUUGGGAAGCUCACAAUGGAUCCUUGCUACGUGUCAUUGAACGGGGAGAGCGCAAUGUGGAGGUGUUAUGGGCAGGCUUCUCUCCAGACAACUCGCUCAUCGCUACUGCGUCGAACACAAUUGACCUAUGGAGUGUGAGAACUGGCUCGUGGUGCCAGAGUCUCACAACUGAUGGGACCGGACUUGGGUAUGGUAGAUUCUCGAACAAGGGCAGCCACUUCGCGUGGGUGUCUGCGAGGCCCCAAUAUCACGAAGCAACAAGACCAUCAGCACUGUGGAUCUGGUCAAAAGACAGUGAGGGCAAAUUCCAGGCACACCGAGUCGA